CUGCAGGCGGAAGUGCUGCACCUGUUGACUGUUCGGUGUCUAACGUCGAGCACCUGUAACCGCACUCACCUGUAACCGCACUCACCUGUAACCGCACUCACCUGGGAAGCUUCUGGAAGCUCCGAGAGGGUUCAUCCACAGGCAGGCACACAACAACAGGACUUUAUGGAUAAACUGAAGAAGGUGCUGAGCGGGCAGGAUGACGGAAACCCGGGAAACUCUGACGGACCCGGAAUCCUGGAGAGAGCCAAUCAGGCGUCGACUCUGGCCUGGGGGACGAGGAUGAAGGGUUUCCUCAUCUGCUUCAUUCUAGGAUGUGUGUGCUCCAUCCUGGGUACCUGUUUGCUGUGGAUCCCAGUUGCUGGUCUCGUUGUGUUCGCUGUCCUCUACACAGUGGGAAACAUCUGCGCUCUGGCCAGCACCAUGUUCCUGAUGGGUCCGUGUCGGCAGCUGAAGACAAUGUGUGCUAAAGAGCGAGCCAUCGCCACCGUCAUCAUGCUGGUCUGUCUGGUGUUGACGAUGUGUGCUGCAUUCUGGUGGAAGAAUAACGGCCUCGCUCUGCUGUUCUGUGUCCUACAGUUCCUGGCUUUCACCUGGUACGGCCUUUCAUACAUCCCCUUCGCCAGGGACGCCGUCAUCAAACUGUUUGAUUGAUUAAUCAAUAACUUCUCCUCGCUGUCCUUCAGGGACGCCGUCAUCAAACUGUUUUCAAUGUGCGUGUAAACGACCUCCUGAGGGACUGCCGCUCCAACCAAUCAGGAUGCUGCGAGGUGCGUGGGGGGGGGGGAUGGUUUCCAUGGAGACCAGCUCACGCUACAGGUACAGUUUGUGUAGCUGUUAGCUGUUAGCAUGAUGUUUCCUGUCUGUCCUACCUGCCAACACAUUAUUUAUAUUUUUAUAUUCUAAUGCAGUGAGAACUAAACAGCUUUCAUUUAAGGAUUUCAAAACAUUUCUUCACCCAAAAUAACAAAUAAAUAAAUAAAUAAUCUCA